GCAAGAAUAUUUUGAACAUCGCUUUUGAGUCAGAAAACUAAAUAACCUUCAAAACAAUAUGUUUCACUGUUCUGGGUUGUUCCAUGAAUUCCCAUACUUUGAUACCCAUCAGCCCUCUCAUAAUAAAUAAGAAACCUUAGUCAUAAUUCUCCUAAUAGAGUUUGAUUUUACUAGGAUGCUGAACACAGACCCUCGUUUCAUAAUGUUACAUGCAACGUGGUUGGAGGGACCGAUGGUGCAAUUAGAACCAGGUCUUCUUUGAGAGAUCUCUUCGGCUCACUCAAACUCUGUGGAUAUGAAAUAGAUCACGUUCCAAACCCUGCAUCUGUUUCAUGUUUUUCUGCCUUUCUAUAACAGCUAAAGUUUUGCCUUAUAGGCUUUCAAAUUGAUCAAAAUAUUUGAUCUGAAUUGGAUGAAUGCUUCCAAAAGACCAAAUGCAGCGGGCCAUAACUUGAUAUGCAUUUACUAGCAAAUCGCAUACUUUGAUCCACUUGUCUGAUUUUGUUUGCAAGUAAAGAUUCAGCUUUAGAUCAAAGCAUAUGGGCCUCCUGCCCAUCCAGUUCUACUGGCAUUUUGAGCAUGAUAUGUGCCACAACGGUAUGGAUGGCACCAGUCCAAGCUGUUAUUAACCAUUGUUGAAUGAAAACUAUCAAUCUUGCCCAAGCACUAAUAUUGUGCUGUUUUAAACUGUAACCCAAAUGACUCAAAUCUUUUUCAGAAAUCAGAAUGAGACGGACCACUCAGUUCAAAUGACCAAUGUCCAAGUGGGUCCUUCCAUCUCCAUGGGCACGUGAAGCCAGAAAGACCAUUCCAGCAAAACCUCAUUUCCUGCCCAUUUACACUUCAAUCAUCAAUCAUUCAUUUCCUUUUUCAGUGGUUGAACAUGAUUUGACACUUUACAUGUGACUGAUCAGUCCCAACAGUUACCAUUUACGGAGCAGCAUGUGCAAUAUCACUCAGAGAUAGAGUUUUUCAAUGGUUCACAUCAUUACUAUAUCAACCUUAAAGAGGAGCUUAAUGCUUAACUCAGAGUCAAUUUGCCCAUUUUAGGACAAGGAAUGAGUUUAUUUCAUCAGGAAGAGCUUGUUUUUCUUCACCACUUUGAACAUUUUUGUUUCUUCACCUCUUCCUAGGAUGCUCCACAUUUUGAUACAAUAGAUGAUCUGAAGUGUCUCUCCUUAGGCUUCGACUUCCAUUUAUCUAUAUAUACAGUGUGUUGUUUGAACUGUGAUUCAUUACAUCUUCAAUCUUCCUUUUUCUUAGUCUGUUGACUGCCUCAAGGAAAGCUAAAGAUGAUUAAUCUACCUAGGAACAAGCUUGUCUUCCUUGAACAGAACCAUAUCGAAAUUAUGAUGGUUGCAGUGUUCUCCUUAGGAGUAAUGCUUAUUGUCCAAAAAGCAUUGAGAAGAUUCACAAGUGAGAAAAGUGUUAUUCCUGGUCGUCUGGGGUUGCCGCUUCUGGGUGAAACCUUCUCUUUUCUAUCAGCCACUGGUAGUACAAAAGGAUGCUAUGAUUUUGUGAGGCUAAGACGACUGUGGCAUGGGAAAUGGUUCAAGACAAGGAUAUUUGGCAAGGUCCAUGUGUUUGUCCCAACUACUGAUGGAGCAAAAACGAUUUUCGCUAAUGAUUUGGUGCUUUUCAAUAAGGGUUAUGUGAAAUCAAUGGCAGAUGUUGUAGGCAAGAAGAGCUUGCUAUGUGUUCCUCAAGAGAGUCACAAAAGGAUUAGGCGUCUUCUAUCAGAUCCUUUCUCCAUGAAUUCUUUGUCCAAGUUUGUCAUGGAAUUCGACAACAUGCUGUACCAAAGACUCAACAAAUUAGAAGAAGGGGGGAAAAGCUUUGUAGUGUUCGACUUCUGUAUGAAGAUAGCAUUUGAUGCAAUAUGCAACAUGCUAAUAAGUGUCACCGAGGCUCCCUUGCUACAAGAGAUUGAGAGAGACUGCACGUAUGUUUCCAAUGCUAUGUUGUCAUUUCCUCUCAUGAUCCCUGGCACCAGAUACUACAAAGGUAUCAAGGCAAGAAAACGUCUAAUGGAAACCUUUGGAGAGAUGAUUAGCAGCAGGCGAAGUGGAAAGGAGUACUCUGAUGACUUCUUGCAGUCCAUGUUACAACGGGAUUCAUACCCGCCCAGUGAAAAGCUUGAAGACUCAGAGAUUAUGGAUAACCUAUUAACACUGAUAAUUGCAGGACAAACCACCACUGCGGCUGCAAUGAUGUGGAGUGUCAAGUUCUUGGAUGAAAACGAAGAAGUCCAGGACAGGCUAAGGGAAGAGCAACUGUCAAUAAUCAGAAACAAAGCAGAAGGAGCCUUACUUACCCUUGAAGAUCUAAACAGCAUGUGCUAUGGCUUACAGGUUGUGAAGGAAACAUUGAGAAUGUCAAAUGUUUUAUUGUGGUUUCCUCGUGUUGCACUUAAUGACUGCAGAAUUGAAGGUUUUGAAAUAAAAAAAGGAUGGCACCUCAACAUUGAUGCGACUUACAUACACUUCGACCAUAGUCUGUACAAGGACCCUAUGCGAUUCAAUCCUUCGAGAUUUGAUGAAGUGCCAAAGCCAUACAGCUUCAUGCCUUUUGGAUCAGGACCAAGAACCUGCCUAGGAAUUAAUAUGGCCAAAAUGACAAUGUUGGUGUUCUUAAGCCGGCUGACCAGUGGAUUCAAGUGGAGAGUCGAUGAUCGAGAUCCUUGCCUAGAAAAGAAGGCACACAUUCCUAGGCUGAGAAGUGGCUGCCCCAUAACCUUAAGGACCCUAAAGAAGAGGGAUAUCAUAUAAACUGACUGGCUUCGAAGCAUAUGCUUGAAACUCAUGAAGGGCUUAUGAGAGAUAUGCGCAUGAUUCAUUAGAUUCGGAGUUCUGUGAUUUGUUAUCUUUCUAUGAUAAGCAGGGAGUUGCGAUGAGGAAAAGUUUUCCCCUGAAACCAAUUUUCAGGUUGUGUUUGUUUUGAAGAAAAAAACCAGGUAGAAGUGUGU